AGAGAGGUACACACAGCACCCAAUGAGCCAAGUGGAGUUUGAAAUGGCUUGUGCUUCGCUCAAGCAGCUGAAGGGUCCCGUGAGCGAUCAGGAGAAACUGCUGGUGUACAGCUUCUACAAACAGGCCACCCUGGGCGACUGUAACAUCCCUGUCCCUCCAGCCACAGAUGUGAAAGCAAAGGCCAAAUGGGAGGCAUGGAAUGUGAACAAAGGGAUGUCCAAGAUGGAUGCCAUGAGGAUCUAUAUUGCCAAAGUGGAAGAGCUGAAGAAAAACGAGGCUGGCUAAGGACAUUUUGGCAGACAGGAGGAAUUAGCGAUAGCGCCACUGGUAGGGAAUGGGUUUAAGAACUUGUGAUGGCUGAAACAUACUGAAAGGGUAGCAAGGUUAGCGGAGACAUCAAUAAAUCACUUGAACCGCA